AUGUUCUCCAUAGCCCCGAUUAAUUUCGGGGCUACGUCGUCAAGCGGUGUACCCCAAGUAAUUUAUAUGGAGCAGACCCAGAUUGAAGAUUUAUUGAUGCGUUCUGUUGAUGAAGUUGUUAAUGAAUGGAAACGAAGUAAAACUCCACUUGGUUCGGAAGCAAGAUCUGCUAGAAAUUUGUUUGCUUCAGUGGAUUAUUUUCUGGCUAAUGGGUGUCUUGAAGGCAAUCGGACGUACUGGCGUUUUAUAAAGGAAUUUUUGCCUAGGUCGCACAGAAGGUAUUUUCAGCGUGAAUGUAAGACGCGUUCUGACCGUGAUCUGUCGUUGGUUUGGUUGAAAGAUUCCUUAAACAAACAAGUACUUCCUUAUUAUUUUCAGUCUUUUUUGUUGAAUUGGAAUUUGGUACGUAAACAUUACACUGUGAACGCGAUGAUUCGUAAACGCGCAGUUGCUCAGAGAAUCACUGAAAAAAUUGUUGAAAUUGUAGAAGUUGAAUUCUGCUUUGUUGUAAAGAACGAAAUUAAAGAAAACGUCCCUGUUGCAUUAGUUCGUUCAGAAGUUUCUAGAACGGAGCCGAGCUCGUCAGUUCAGCAUGCUGUCCACCGUAAAACACGUUUCAAAGAUUCUGAAGAUGGGGAAGAUGCUGCAUUUUCAGCCAUAUCGGAUAUACAUAUUUCUCCAGAUUUAGUAGAAAAUCCUCCAGAACCCAAUCCUGCUCCUUUUCUUUCUACAGCAAAAGAUUUUGAUUAUGUGUUUGCUGAGAUUGUACAAAAAAGGGAGAAACAAAUGCCAUCUACUAGCUCUCUACCUGGAAAACUGGAAUCUGAAAAAAAAUCAUCGGAUGCUCUUCAACAGCUUGUGUCGCAAAGUAAUUUCAGUGCACAAAAACAUGAAGAUUGUGUCAAUCCAGAUCUUCCGCAAAAUGUACCAAAUAUGUCUGUAAAUCCCUUCGAUGUUGCCUUAAAAUCUAGUCUUUCGCAUGCGAAGCUGAUUUCUUCGCGUGAAGAUGAUUUACCAUCUAAAAAGUUUUCGCCCCCUCUUGCACUCUUCUCUGAUUCUGCACCUUUUGGUGAAGUAUGCUUAGAUGUUGGGGAAGUUAUUGGUCUUUCAAUCCACGUGUUCAAAACGGAAAUUGAAAAGUUUUUAAGAUUUUUCCAGGUUUACGAAGGAUUUGGAACAGGACACCCACACCAGCGGUUUCUUGUUUUGUCAAACCAUUCUGUUUACCUCUUAUCGUUGGAAGCAACACCUUCAAUGCGAAAAACCUAUUUCACUCGUUCCUACAUUCCCUUGAAGAAUAUCGAAUUUAUUGCUGUCUCGCCAGAUUACCAGACGCUUUUUAUACACGCGGAAAAGGGUUACAGUUCUGCAUCAGAUUUCGGUUCUCAAGUGAUGGAAGUGUGUACUGCAUGCGCGCGCCUUGGAGAAACGAUUGUGCAUGCCAUAUCAUUUGCAUACUCUGACAUUACAUCUGUUGGGAAAAGGGAAUUAGACGUGUUCACUGAAUCGACUGCUCAUCAUUUUAUAUUAAACAAGUUCAUAGCAAAGGAAAUUCCUGAGGACAAUAUAAAGCUGAAUUGUUGUACAUUAGCCCAGUGGCGGCAGACAAGUGUUAACUGCCCUGGCGGAAAUAGUUUGCAUCACAGCGGAUACAUGUAUUACAAAAUAGUGCGCAGUGGGGCGUGGCGUAUUACUCCCGGAAGAUUUAGUGAAUCGGUCUUGAACAUGUCGAAACUUGCCGGUGAUGAGUCUCAACAUGAAUUUGAGCUGGAGUUUGAAAAUGGUGAUAGAAUGCAGUUGCAGUGUCAAACUCGGGCAGAAAUGGAUAAAUGGCUUUCCGUCCUUAAUGCUGCUGUAUCUUCGCCUUGUACAGGAGACGAUGCAGUUGCCUGCAUAGUUGCUAUCAGUAACAGCCAUGUUUUGGUGGCACAGGAAGGCGAAAAUUGUGUCGUAGAUGGAUUUAUGAGGACUUUGACCGUAAUUCCUCUGGCUGAGAUAAAGCAAGCCACAGGUGUUUUAGCACGCGAGCGUUAUGCCUGUGUUCUUAGCGAUGGGAAAGAUCUUAAUUGGUUUUUUCUUAGGUCUCCCGAUGAGGUAGAUCGCGUACUAGCUGUCUUCCAAAUGCUUCAGAUACCAGACAUAAAGCGUGAAGAAGAUGGGUGUUCUCGUCUUGUUGCCCUAGUGAAUUCUCUACCCAAAUCCGGAGAUUUAUUUUUCUUUGAAGACCCGCAUACUGACAACAGUUAUGCAACUCUCUGA